AUGCUUGGCUUGCCCACUAUGCCUGCCGACAGCCCUGUACUCAUGGCUGCUAUUGAUGCGCUAUCUGCAGCGCAACUGGCAGUGAACAACAGGAAUCAUCCGCUCAUCCAUCGGUCCAGGUCGCUUUAUGGCACGGCGUUGAGUCAGAUGAUGCGCGCAAUUCAAGAUCCAGUCACAGCCCUGAAGGACGAAACACUGCUAUCAACGUACAUGCUCACGCUUUAUGAGGUUUUCGUGGGCGUCACACAGGGCCAUGGCUUCUUUUACCAUGUGCAAGGAUUGUUACAUUUGUUGAAGCAGCGUGGGCCAGCUUCAUUUGAGAGUCGGUUGAGUAUGCAGAUUUUCCAUGCUAUACGGUACAACUCAUUGAGUAUCGGCUACCACAUGCGCAAGGCAUCGAUGCUGGACAGCCCAGAAUGGCUAGCGGUGACAGUCAAAGCAGCGAAGGUCGAUCCAUACGUUGCUCUAAAUGACGUUUGCAUACACAUCCCACGACUUCUAGAGCGUACGGAUAAAGUCGCCAGACCAGGGUGCCUACAAGAAGAGAUCGACUCUCUCAUUGAGGAUUCGCAACAAGUCGCAAGUCGUGCUUUUGAGUGGCUCUCGACGUUCGAGAGAAACGGUCCGCGUUACGAUAUGGUAGACAUUGCGUCGAUGGAUGGAUUUCUGGAUAUCUGCGCAGAUCGCGUCUUUGAUCCUGUGUUCUACUUCCAUUAUUUCGGCGCUGGCAUCUGUUACCUGAUCUACAACAUGAGUAUGUUGAUCAUGCAAGGAAACACAUUCAGGUUGCUUCGACAGUAUCGACAACUCGAUAUGAAGCAGCUGUACAUGUGGGAUCGCCAACUCAGCAGUUAUGCGGAUGCAAUCUGUCGAAGCGUACCGUACAACUGUCGGCCCGUUACUGGUUAUACUGCAAAGUUCGGAUCAUUGACCCCACUUAUGGUUGCGAGAAAGUACUACGAGAUGAAAGGAGCUCAUACUGAAGCAGGCUGGUGCGGAAAGGUUUAUAUGGGUGCGAGAGUACCGGAACUCUAUCAAGCGCCAAUGACUUUGGAGCCGUUUGAAGAUGUGAAGAAAACUGUCAAGGAUAAUCCGCGAUAUAUUUGA